GGCCGUCCCGUCCACCUCCCCGCGGCAAGGGUGUGGGCCGGUGCUGCCCCCUCCCACCGCACCUUCCCCCCCGUGCCCCCCGCCCCCCGCCCCCCCCCGGGGAUCAAGUUCACGCCCGACCCACUGAUGCGGGGCGGCCCGGCUCGGCCCGGCCCCGCCGCUCUCAGAGGCCCCGGCGGCGCCGCAGCAGGGAGGCAGCGGCCGGCAGCCCCCGCAUGGAGCCCUAGGGCGGCGGGCAGCAUGUUCAGCCCGGACGGGGGGCUGCCGGCCGCCCCCUUCGGCCUCCUGACCGACGGCGGCCCACCCUUCACCCGUGCCGGCUUCGACGGAGCGCCCGCCCAGCCGCUCUUCUUCCCCUUCGCCGCCGCCGAACCCGAGCCCGCCCGCGACCCGCCGCCGGCCCGCGCCUGGCUGCCCCCGCCCGCCCCCGCGCCUCCUGCCAAGGCGGAGGCGCGCCCGAGCCGGUCCUGCAGCCAGCCCGAGCCCGAGCCCCGCACUGCCGCCUGCUGCGGCCCGACCUGGCCGCCCCCGCCCUGGGCCGGCCCCGCGCCCCCUGGCCCCGCCGCCCUGCCUGGGCCGCCUUUCCCCGGCCCGGCCGCCCCUGCUUUCCCCGGUCCCCAGCUCUGCCCCGCCGCGCUGCAGCCGGGCGCCGGCGGCCCCUCGGGGCUGGGCAGCAGCGGCAGCUCCAGCGGCGCCGCCAGCGAGGGCGGACACUCCAGCGACAGCGGCGAGGAGGAUGCGCCAACCUCUGGAGAGCUGGAGCAGUUCGCCAAGGACCUCAAGCACAAGCGCAUCAUGCUGGGCUUCACCCAGGCCGACGUGGGGCUGGCCUUGGGCACACUCUACGGAAAGAUGUUCAGCCAGACGACCAUCUGCCGCUUUGAAGCGCUCCAGCUCAGCUUCAAGAACAUGUGCAAGCUGAAACCGCUGUUGCAGCGCUGGCUCAACGAGGCGGAGAACACGGACAACAUGCAAGAGAUGUGCAAUGCGGAGCAAGUACUGGCCCAAGCCCGGAAGAGAAAACGCAGGACCAGCAUUGAGACCAAUGUGAAGGGGACGCUGGAGAGCUUCUUCCGCAAGUGCGUGAAGCCCAAUCCCCAGGAGAUCUCCCAGAUUGCUGAGGACCUCAACCUGGAUAAAGAUGUGGUCCGGGUCUGGUUCUGCAACCGCCGUCAGAAAGGCAAACGGCUGCUGCUGCCCUACGGCAACGAGGCAGAUGGGAUGAUGUACGACAUGAACCAGCCGCUGGUGCCGCCCACCCUGCCCAUCCCAGUGACGUCCCAGGGCUACAGCCUGGCACCCUCCCCUCCCAUCUACAUGCCGACCUUUCACAAAGCUGAGAUGUUCCCACAAGCGCUGCAGCCUGGGCUCUCCAUGAGCAACAGCGGCCACUGAACCGGGGGCUGUGGGGUCACUGCAGGUGGUCUGGCAGCCCCCACUUUGCCCCGGGCUGGCCCAGGCAAAGCCCUGCUUCCGCUCGUUGGGCUGCUGUGUGGGGCUUUUUGGGGUGCAAGGGGCUUGGGAGCCUGUCGCUCACUGUCCACGGUUGCUCCCAGCCCUUCCCAGUUAUGUGAUCUUACUGGUCCCAGCAGCAUUGGCCCCCCCUCUGACCUCUCCUAGGGGCAGCUGCUCCUGCCCCACUGCAUCCCCUGAAGCCAUGUGCGCACAGCCCCAGCCGCUCUUCUGGAAGACCCAAAAAAAAGUAUUUUUUAGAUUUUGGGGUGGGGGGAGGGGGGUGGUUUUAUUAUUUUUUGAAAUGGUUUUUGGUUGUAGUUUUUAAAAAGCAAAAAUUUUUGUAGUGAUCUAGUUUCCCAGGUGCCUCCUCCCUGUCAUGUAGAGCAGGGCUGGAACACCAUGCCCAGGGCUGAGGGGCCCUGGUGGCUCUGCCCACCCUCCUGGGCAGCCAGGGUGAGCUGAGGCCAGGGGGAAGGGGUGGAGGUGAGCCCCCGCCACCCCUUGAGCUGUGGCACAGGAGAGCUUCACCCCUCUGUGGGUCAGCUGGUGAGGCCUGUUUGGGUCAGGGGGGUCCUCCCCAGUGCUUGUGCCCAGCGCAAACUGGGCAAAGGGGACUGAGGACCCUCAGUCCCCUGGGCCCUCCUCACUCUCCAGCCACUGUCCCCUGCCCCAGCCUGGCUUGGCUGCCCAGAAACCACCUUUCCCUGGAGGGUCCCAGCCCAGGGGGCCAACAGCGCCCUGUCCAUGCUGCUAGCACCCCAAGCCUUCCAGCCUGCUGUAGUUAAUGAUGAUUUUUAUAUUUUUUGUUCUUAAUCACAUUCCCCUUGGCAGUGAAAUAAAUCUCAGGGUUCUUUGGGCCAAGAA